CCAACACUCCAGUAGCGAGGAUCGGCCAACAUAACGACUGCUUCCUCGCCUCAGACACGGAUUUCGGCACGUACGUUAACAAAGCGAUGGAGUACCCAUACCUGAAGAAUGAAACACUGUACCUCUCCAUGGGUGGUGAGACUUGCGCGAACAACCCACCCAGAUCAAGCUGCCCAACAGCACUGCAGGAGAUGGCGGAGCUCCACUACAGGUUCCUUAAUGUCGACUACAUUCAGGUGGUGCUGGACGCUUGGAGGACCCAAGGCUGCUUUAACACGAUUUGGUCAUCAAUGGGAUACAAUUUCGUGGGCGUGCAGGCGCAGUUUCCUGCAGAGGUAGCUGUCGGAUGUCAGCUGAAGGUCGGAAUACUGAUCGCCAACAAAGGUUGGGCGGCGCCAAUCAAUUAUCGGUCAGCUCAGGUAAGCAAAACAGUAUUAAUGGUUUAUUUAAUGUCACACUUCCCCAUUCAAGUAACAGGUUAUUUCUAUUCAAUUCUUUCAUCCCAGACCUGUUUCCAACACAAGUACCAAUGUUCUCUGCCUUCCCUUCAUAUCUGAGCUCAAAACUCUCAC